AUGCAUCGACCGACAAAAACACCACUCGGAGGAGGAGGAGAGGGCGUUUCCUCGCUCGUCCAGUGUUGGGGAUGCUCGGCGCGAUUACAACCUCCUCCUUUAUUCGGUGAUGACGACGAUAAAAACGACGGAGAGAAAUCCAAUCUCCCGAGGAAGCUCGCCCCCAAGUUUUUGUGCGGGCACUGCGGGGCGAUGAAUUCGUCGCUCGAGUCUUCUCCCGCCGCUUUUUUCGCGCGAGGAGGAAAAGGAGGACUCGGGGGAUGCAAAGGCAAAGGAGUGAAAGAGUUUUGUCUCGUUUUGCCGGCGAGAUGUCUCGCGAGAACGAUGGGAAGGAUUUUAAUACCAACCGUUCUGUGUUUGGUGUAUUAUUUAGUCUCGAAAACGUACGAAGUGUCCAUUCCAAAGUUGACGACGGAAAGAGAGAAAAGAGUUUUAAAUGUUGAAGGGGAGAUGAUGGAAAGGACGACGAACGCGCGAAUGAUGGAUUUGGCGACGAGUUUUGGAUUGAGAUGCCUGUUGAUGUUCGCGUGCGCGAACAUUUAUUGGAACUACGCGGUGUCGAUUCUUUCGCGGCCGAAGAGCAUUCGCCAGUUGCGAGAGGACGGGGAAGGGAGUAUGAGUGGGAGCGAAAGCGACGAGGAAGACGUAGAGAGUGGUGGUAGACGUAAUACUAGUGAUAGAAAUAGUAACCGGAAUGGGAUUAUGCCGGUGCCGUGGUGUCAGCAGCAACGUCAAAAUCUGGAGAACGAGACUGAGACGGAUAUCGAAAACGGCACGGAGACAACGGAGAGACAUCCGACGACCAUCGUGCCUCGAGACUCGUUUAGAAAUUGCGCGUAUUGCAUCAAAUGUGAUGACGUGAAACCGUUUGGGACCUCUCAUUGCUCCACGUGCAAUAAGUGCAUAGUCGAUUUAGACCACCACUGUCCGUUUUUACAAAACUGCGUCGGCAAACAUAACGUGAGAGCGUUUACGUGUUUUUGCUUGUGGUGUUCGUUGGGAUGCGCGUUGGCGUUUACCGUUGCCAUUUUGUUACCGUUCACGUCGCAAAGAGCGACGUUUAUGAAACCGUACGAGAGAGUCAUGAGUGGCACGGAUAAAUACUUUGGCAAGAACACGUACGAACACAUAGGGCAUUUCCCGACGUCAACCGGAGCGCUCAUACAGUAUUGCACUUUCGCUUUGAAAUACGUGAGUGCGUGCGAAGACACGUGGAUUGGCACGUGGUGCAUAGUCGUAUUAGCAACUGCAACCAUCACUCCUCUCACGUUUGGUUUAUUUUACCAAACGUACAUGGCGGUCAAACGAGGCGAAUUUUACGUCGCAGGCGAGGGUAAAAGCGGUGUUUGA